GAUGUUUUGCUAUUUAUCCGCCCUCUGGGCGUACUCGAAGAUCACCGCAUUAGUUGACGUCGCAUCCCCGUCGUUCCACCAUGAGAUCCAAACGACUCUUCUCCCACUCCACCAUCGGACUCAAACGUCUCAUCUCCCGUGUUAUCGGCAAACUCAAGAAUACGGAACGUCACAAAGCCGAUUUUACCACUACUAGUCACGCAAACCCCGUCGAUACUCCACAGCUGAUAUUUACAGAGACGCCCGAACUUUCAGGACCUGCAGUCCACCUUGAUGUGUCCUCUCCAGCUAUUGUCGAGCCCGACGCCGCUUUGAUGCAGGUUGUCUUGUGGCAACCACCAGUUCCACCUGUUGUUCCUACUCCCCGCAUUGUCUCUUCUCAUAGCAUCCUCUUCCCCCCUCUCGUCCGCACAGCCGCAGCUCUUGCGUUGGGAUGUCCACCUACAAUCGCAGCACAACCUCUUGCUUGCCUUCUUUCACCUCUACGCUACGGCAACCGUUUGGAACACGAUCUGAUGCUUCAAAUACUCCAGCAGUCUGCCCACAUACCCACCGCCAUGCGUAGCAUGGAGGUCGGUGAGCCCACUCCAGACGAGAAUCGCAGUUCCACUACCCCAGAAAUUCGCUAUCUCGUGGCUGACCCUACCCUUGCUCACCUCGCUCCCAUGCAGAAGAUUCCGCCUGGUGCUUACGGACCUUGCCAACUGCCUCCUCCGAAAGCUUUCGUGAACCCACAAACUCGCUCAAGAAGAGACGGUGAAAGUUCACACCGUGACCCGGAAAUUCGUUGUCUCGCCGCUGAUCCUGCUUUCGGCGCCUUUGCCCCCACGCAGGUUGUCCCUGCUGGUGCAUACGAAGCUCGUCACAUGGCUAACCCUGCCGUUGGCGUGCCGUCGCUCGCAUGGAGUGGUCAAACCGCAGGAACAUUGGAGAUCAGCACCUCAGAAGUCCCUCGCCCCAACCUUGGUGCGCUUCCCAAGAAGAUCCCCCGUUAUCCUCCGGGUCUUGGUUACCCGGAAGGUGACGUCGCGGUUCCCGUCACCGGCACGGCCGAAGUGGCAUAUGUACCUACACCUAUUUCGCAACCCACUCUGCCCUGUCUUCCCAAUCUGCCUAAUUCGGAUUCCGUACCUGCCAAAUACCUUGCAUCUGCUGUAGCUACUGCUACUGCUAGUCGCUCAACUGGUCUCCAGCAGGAGGUCACAACCAGGCAGAACGGUGAAUCUACUGCCGCCUGCAAAGCUCGCUAUGAAAAGUAUAAGAUUCAGACGAGCGUUGUCCGCAUGAAGGCUGGGAUGUAUAGGUACAAGUUCACUCGCCCCAUCGGACGCGGAGCAAAUGGCACUGUGUGGUUUGGCGAAGGCACCCGAGACGAUGGGCCUGCGAUGGAUGUCGCUGCUAAAGUCAUUAAUCGGCAAGCAUUUUUCAGCACUUUCGUAUCAGACAAGGACCUAGCGCAGAUAUCUACUGCGAAGGGGAAGAAAUAUCUAGAAGACAGAGCAGUGUACGCUGCAGAUUGCGUCCACAACGAAUUUGGUGCCUGGCUCGCGGCGACGUACGAGUGCCACCCAUUCUUAACUCCUCUUAUCGACUGUUUCUCCGACGACAAGAAUAUAUACUUCAUCAUGAGGUACUAUCCCGAGAACCUUCGCCAAAGGGCUUUGAAUAAGGCUUGUCCUUUGCAACUCUGGCAAAUCCGCCUCAUUGCUGCUGAACUGGCGCUCGGUCUUGAAAAGCUGCAUGACAUACGUAUCAUGCACAAUGAUUUGAAGCUCGAAAAUAUCUUGGUUACUCCGAAUGGACACGUCACGGUCUGCGACUUCGGCCAUGCAAGUACUUUCUCUCUGGACAUCGCUGAGGACGAGUGGAAUGGAAAGAUUAUGAGUGGUAAGGCAGGCACAGAUGGGUAUCUGGCGCCUGAGCAGUUCGUCGGCGACAGCGCACACAACUACAAGGCCGAUAUAUACGCAUUCGGCUUGAUGAUUUUAGAUCUCUUUAUGCCAGGCGGCGCUCCCUGGUAUGAACAUGUACCUAACUUAGACCUCGGGGACGGCAGCGACGAUAUUGAUCGAAGUCUCUUUGACCAUGGACAACCAGACCCAAGGCAAGGUCCCGUAAUGGACAGAGUUUACGACCACUUGGCCGAGGAUCUCCUCAUGCAGAUCCUCCACCCCAACCCUGCCAAGAGACCUGGGUGGAAUGAAAUCAAGAGACAUCCAUUCUUUACAAAUUACCUUGACUGGACGCGUGUCCUUGCACGCGAUUAUGAUCCCUGCUACCGUGCCUGCAGCAGGAAGCAAAAAGUUAAGCCGAUCAUCCGGCCCUCGUGCUGGGUUCGUCAACAUCGGGACACACGUGCUGCCAAUGCAAUACACACACUCCUCCAGAGGACUUCCGAUGCGGAUAGCAUUGGCGCUUUGAGCAUCCAGGCUCCUCGAGGACUAGGGUGGAUUGACAAGCGGCAUGGGGUCGCUUGUCGUGGCAGGCGAGAUCGCUGUGUAUGUGACUUCCCUCUGAUGUAAAGCAUGGCGCCACGAACUGUGGCGUGUUCCAGUCGAGGCUUGUGAGACAUGGACUCUCCUGUGUAUUUAUUGCCGGUUUUCAUUGUGAUGCAAUGUACUACAUAGUAUGAUCGGGUUAUUGUCAAC